CGACUACUCCAAUAAAAACAUUGCUGAUAAAAUGACGCAACAUUAUCCAAACCAACACUGAAGACAGCAGCUCGUGCACUAGGGUUGAUGAAAAGGUCUGCCGCGGCGUGGCAGGCCCUCGUUGCAGGUGCUGCUGCUGCAGUUGGCGUGUCAUUCUUCCUGCAGCUGAUGCGACGCCUCGGCUUGCGGGCAAAGUCAGGGCUCACGCCUUAUGGCACGCCGCUGCCGCGCGUGGCGCACCGCCGCCUGGAGCCCGUCAAGCCUGGGCGGCUCAUAGUCGUUGGCGACCUGCACGGCACGCCCGAGCUAUUCACCCUGCUGGAACGGCUGUCGUUCCGGCCCUCCCACGACAACCUGGUGCUGGUGGGCGACCUGGUCAACAAGGGCCCGGCCAGCCUGCGGCUGCUGGAGGCGCUGCCGGGGCUGGGGGCGGUGGCGGUGCGCGGCAACCACGACGACGCCGCGCUGGCGGCGUGGCUGGCGUGGCGGCAGAAGGGCCAGCCGCUGCCGUCCAAGUUCGAGUGGAGUCGCGACAUGAGUCCGGCCCAGGCCGACCUGCUGGCGCAGCUGCCCUUCACACUGGCAGUGCCGCAGUACGGCGUGGCGGUGGUGCACGCAGGCCUGGUUCCGGGUGUGCCGCUGAAGCAGCAGAAGCUGUGGGCCUGCUACAAGAUGCGCAACCUGGUGCCGCACCCACAUGGUGACGGCGGCGGCGGCGGCGGCGGCGGCGGCAGCACCAGCGGCAGUGGCGGCGCUGAUCCCGCCACCGCCACUAGCGCCAGCACCAGCACCAGCACCAGCGCCGGCACUCUCACCGCCACAGCCAGCAGCACCGUCACCGGCCAUGCCCCGGGCGCCCGCUACACGGCCGUGGAGAAGGCCAAGGAGGGCGGGCAGGCCUGGGCGCCGCUCUGGCCCGGAGCCGAGCCGCCCGCGCAGCACGUGUUCUUCGGCCACGACGCCAAGCGGCGCCUGCAGCUCGCGCCGCACGCCACUGGGCUGGACACGGGCUGUGUGUACGGCGGGGAGCUGACCGCUGCCGUACUGCCCCCGCUGGGGGAGCUGGUGGCGAGCAGCCCAGGGUUCGUGGCGGCGAUGCGGCACGGGCGGCCGCUGACGCGGGAGGACCUGCGGGUGCAGCUCGUCAGCGUGCCGGCAGCGCGGGUGUACUCGGCGCCGGACGGGCACGCGGACACGGCGGCAGCGGGUGCGGCGACGGCGGCGGCGGCGGGUGCGAGCGCGGGGAGUGGGAGUGGGAGCAGCAGUGGUGGGAUGGCGAAGGAGGCAGGGAGAGUAGGCGCGGCGAGCGGGGCGGGAGUGGAGCUGGUGCACCCGGCAUCGCGUGGGGCGGCAGGGCAGGCGGCGGGGCAGGCGGCGGGGCAAGCGGCGGGGCAGGCGGCGGGGCAGGCGGCGGGGCAAGCGGCGGGGCAGGCGGCGGGGCAGGCGGCGGGGCAGGCGGCGGGGCAAGCGGCGGGGCAGGCGGCGGGGCAGGCGGCGGGGCAGGCGGCGGGGCAAGCGGCGGGGCAGGCGGCGGGGCAGGCGGCGGGGCAGGCAGAGGCGGGGCCCCGGGGCGCGGUGCACGUGCUGUGGCACUACCACUUCUCCGCCUUCCGCCGAAAGCGCUGGGCUGCGUUCAUCCAGCGCGACCGCGCGCUCCACCGCGUCGCCAAGCAGCUCACGGGCGGCAGGCCCAAGGAGGAGGUGGUGGUGGGGUGGGGUUCGUGGGCCUUCCAGGGAGGGAAGGGCGGCUCCCCCAUCUCCGUCAGGGGCGGGCGCGCGCCGACGGGGCGGCUCAUCAAGCUGCUCCGUGAGCGCUACGCCAAGCAUGUGUUCAUCAUCGAUGAAUACAAGACCUCCAAGACCUGCUACAACUGCGGGUGUCAGGAGAUGGCCAUCAAGCGGCUUGGGGGGCUGAAGGAGGGGCAGCGGCCCUGGUCGGUCAAAGUCUGCAACGACUGCUUGACGACCUGGAACCGCGACGUCUCCGCCGCCAACGUGAUCCGUGUGCUCCUCCUGCUGAAGCUGAUGGGCUUCGAGCGGCCGAUCAAGCUGCAGCGGCCGCCAUGGCCGCCGGCGGCGGCGGGGCCGGGCUGAGAGCCUGAACGGCGCUAGCAGGGCGUGGGGCUGAGGGUGCACGUGUCGAUUGGCGGCGAGUGACGUGACUAGUUUGUUAGCUGCGGGUUAGCACGGACUGUGCACCCCACCCAACCGGCCACGUCCGGAUUUGCGGGGAUGCCAAAGGCCCCCAACAUAGAGGCGUGUGCAAUUUGCGUGUGCUUAGUAGGCGCCCGCGUCAAGGUGGCUGGGUUGAUAACGACCCGGGAUCAGCCCUUUUCCUGCCAUAAGGCAGCCACCUCCUUGUUUGGAGAGCUUGGGUCAGCGCGCGCAGCAGAUGGUCAGAGCGUGCGGGUGGCUUCACGCGCAGAAUUUUAGUGCGUGCUUGCCACGUGCGUCGGGAAGUCAUUAGCAGCAUUGCAAACACGUGUGAAGGGGAGGGGCCGUAUCUGCGCUGUGGCGUGCAGCGUGUGGAGAUCGGGGGGGGCGCGAUUGGUGGCGCGCGGGAAGUUCUGUUUUGCCGUGCCAGCGCCGAUGGCCAUGCCCUACUAAUCAAGGGAACGGUUGUUCUUCACCAUCCCUGUCCCUGAAAAAUACCCACCAGACGCUCAGGCGGCCGGUGGAGUGGGGGCGGGGGGCGGGGGAGGGGCAGGCCCGGGAAUCGAUGGCCUGCCGAGGUUGGAUUCGUCGGUUGAGAAUGCGAAAACGGUGACGGAAGGGAGAACUUGAAGUGAAGUGC